GAAAGCAUCGCACAGUCUUUACAGCGGGUUCAAAAAGUAGGAGGAAGAGUGACCGCGGGAAACAACAGCAGUUACAAGCAGAGGUGUAGUGUUGGACGUCUCCGUGAAGAAUGCCUCCUAAAACUAUAAAGUCGGCUUUGGCAGAAGCUCUGGAGGACUUGUCGAAGGCGGACUUUGAGAAGUUCUGCCACAAGCUCCUGGACCGCAGACAGGAGCCGCGCGUAAAACGUAGCAAGGUGGAGGACAAAAGCCGACUGCAGAUCACAGACGUGCUCGUUUCUCAUUUCACCGAGGAGGGGGCUCUUCAGGUGGCCGUGGAGAUCCUCAAAGAGAUUGACUGCUGCGAGGAGGCGAAGCCGCUCGAGACAUUGGCCGGUGGACAGUCCUCUAAACCAGAUCCCAGUGACGCCUCAGGUGGAGCAGCUGGUGGAUGUAAAAUGGCAGACGGAAAGCAUUUUGUGGACAAACACAGACUCGACCUGAUCCGGAGAGUGAGCAACAUCUCCUCCAUUCUGGAUGAGCUCUAUGACAAUGAAGUGGUCAACCAAGAAGUUUACGACCGGAUCAGAGCUCUGCCGACCUCUCAGGACAGGAUGAGGGAGCUCUACAGGUGUUCCAUGAAUGCUGAGAAAGCCAAAGACAUCUUCUAUAAAAUCCUUUUAGCAAAUGAGAAGUUUCUCAUCGAAGAGCUCGUUACAAAGAAGUAAAUCUGUAAAAAAAAAAAAAAAAAAGAAAGAAAUUAAGAAAUUUAGACCAAAUUUAUAUAAUCUAC